CACGUGGCUAGCAUUAAUUUGUAGCUUAACUUUUGCCUGAGUCUUUCUAGUUUAGUUUGUUUGCUAGUAGUGGCAAACUACUGCAAAAGCAGUUUAAGAGAAAUGAUGUGGAAGUGCUAUAGAGUCAAGUCCUGCAAAUGUGCAAAAUAAUACACUGGUCUCCAUUGAAACGUAAGCAUAGAACAGCCGUCCCUCUCCAGGGUUCCUGUGAGAGACAAGUCAUAUUGGGGAUUAAGUGAGUGAGGCAGACUCCCUCCCAGUGUCCUUAACUGUUCUGUUCUUCUACAUUCACGUGAAGUUAACACAUUUUCCAGUCGCUUGAAAUGAUAGGGUUUGUUGUUUAUAGAUAAAACAAAAUUCUGCAUUUACAUGGUAUAUUUACCUGAAUUCAAUUGUACUUCAACUAACUUGUAUAUAUAUGCAAAUAUAUAUUACUUGACUGCUUGAAAGAAGCCAUAACAAAAUAUAUAGUAUACAUGGACUCUGCAUCUUGAUAUUUUCCAUCAGUUUCUUCUGUUUAGUAAUUUGGAUGUCUUACUCCACUAAGAAAAAGACUCAUAAUUUUCCUUAAUGUGGCAACGCAAUAAUUUAUUUCUCCUCGAAGGUGAUUGUUGUUUGGAGUGAAGGGGAGAGGCUCUGUAAUUAAAGACAGGCCCUUGUCACCAAACAUGACGAUAGGAGUUUGAUCACAGAGAUCCAGAGAGUGCAAGGAGAGACCCAACUCUGGAGAGUUGUCCUCUGACCACCACAUAAAAUGCUUGGCCAGAAGAGAUGAGUACUAAUUCCACUCAGGCCUAGAAUUGCCUAUUGAGAUAGACCUGAGCAGGUGACAUACGAAUGGCCCAAGGAAGCCACCAAAUUGAUUUUCAGGUUUUACAUGACCUGCGACAAAAAUUCCCUGAAGUGCCUGAAGUUGUUGUAUCCAGGUGCAUGUUACAGAACAAUAACAACCUGGAUGCCUGCUGCGCUGUUCUCUCUCAGGAGAGCACAAGGUAUCUUUAUGGUGAAGGAGAUCUGAAUUUUUCAGAUGAGUCUGGAAUUUCUGGUCUACGCAAUCACAUGACUUCUCUCAACUUGGACUUGCAGUCACAGAAUGUGUACCACCGUGGAAGAGAAGGAGGUCGAGUGAAUGGAAGCAGGACUUUAACACACAGCGUUAGUGAUGGACAGCUUCAAGGUGGGCAGUCCAAUAACGAACUGUUUCAGCAGGAGCCACAGACAGCACCAGCUCAAGUUCCUCAAGGCUUUAAUGUUUUUGGAAUGCCCAGUACAUCUGGUGCUUCAAAUUCAACACCACAUCUUGGAUUUCACCUAGGCAGCAAAGGGACAUCAAACCUCUCUCAACAAACUCCCAGGUUUAAUCCUAUUAUGGUAACUUUAGCCCCAAACAUACAGACUGGCCGUAGUACUCCUACAUCUUUGCACAUACAUGGUGUACCUCCGCCUGUACUGAACAGUCCACAGGGAAAUUCUAUCUAUAUUAGGCCUUAUAUUACAACUCCUAGUGGUACAACUCGACAGACACAACAACAUUCUGGCUGGGUAUCUCAGUUUAAUCCCAUGAACCCUCAGCAAGCCUAUCAACCUUCACAGCCUGGACCUUGGACUACUUAUCCUGCAUCCAAUCCUUUGCCACAUACCUCAACCCAGCAGCCAAAUCAGCAGGGCCAUCAGACCUCUCAUGUAUACAUGCCUAUCAGUUCACCAACUACUCCACAACCGCCAACCAUUCACUCGUCUGGUAGCUCUCAGUCUUCUGCCCAUAGCCAAUAUAACAUUCAGAAUAUUUCAACAGGACCUCGAAAAAACCAGAUAGAAAUCAAACUUGAACCCCCACAAAGAAACAGUUCUUCAAAAUUACGUUCUUCUGGACCUCGAACUGCCAGCACUUCCUCAUUGGUCAACAGCCAGACCUUAAAUAGAAAUCAGCCCACUGUUUACAUAGCUGCCAGUCCCCCAAGUACUGAUGAAAUGAUCUCCCGUAGUCAACCCAAGGUCUAUAUUUCAGCCAAUGCCACCACAGGAGAUGAGCAAGGCAUGCGGAAUCAACCGACACUCUUCAUAUCUACAAACUCUGGGGCAUCUGCAGCCUCCAGGAACAUGUCUGGGCAAGUGAGCAUGGGUCCUGCCUUUAUCCAUCACCAUCCUCCCAAAAGCCGAGUAUUAGGUGGUAACUCUACAACGUCUCCUCGAGUGGUGGUCACUCAACCCAACACAAAAUAUACUUUCAAAAUUACAGUUUCCCCCAAUAAGCCCCCUGCUGUUUCCCCAGGGGUGGUCUCCCCCACCUUUGAACUUACGAAUCUUCUAAAUCAUCCUGACCAUUAUGUAGAGACAGAGAACAUUCAGCACCUCACUGACCCUGCUUUAGCACAUGUGGAUAGAAUAAGCGAAGCCCGGAAACUGAGUAUGGGAUCUGAUGAUGCUGCCUACACACAAGCUCUGCUGGUGCACCAGAAGGCCAGGAUGGAACGGCUUCAAAGAGAGCUUGAGAUGCAGAAGAAAAAGCUGGAUAAACUCAAAUCUGAGGUCAACGAGAUGGAAAAUAAUCUAACUCGAAGGCGCCUGAAGAGAUCAAAUUCCAUAUCCCAAAUACCUUCACUCGAAGAAAUGCAGCAGUUGAGAAGUUGUAAUAGACAACUCCAGAUUGACAUUGACUGCUUAACCAAAGAAAUUGAUCUUUUUCAAGCCCGAGGACCACAUUUUAACCCCAGCGCUAUUCAUAACUUUUAUGACAAUAUUGGAUUUGUAGGCCCUGUGCCACCAAAACCCAAAGAUCAAAGGUCCACCAUCAAAGCACCAAAGACCCAAGACACAGAGGAUGAGGAAGGUGCUCAGUGGAAUUGCACUGCCUGCACGUUUCUGAAUCACCCGGCCCUAAUCCGCUGUGAACAGUGUGAGAUGCCUCGGCAUUUCUGAGCCAAAGGCCCUGUCUUCUUCUGAAACCACAUCUAAAGUGAAAGAACGUCACCUGUCAUCGGGGAAGUGUUUCACUGCCACAUAGGAGUUAGUCCACUUGAAGGUGUGACGAGACAGUGGUGUGCUGUGUUGAGUGUCAGCCCACAGAGCUAAUGAUACCUCAGUCUAAUGUCAUGGGCAGUGAGAUUCAGCACCUGAAAGGUGACCUGAGAGACCGGGCUGCCUGCUGCCUGACCAUGUCCAGUGUCACCGUGUCAAUGCCUAGGUGUUCCCAGGGCUUCUCCCCUCUUGUCACUACUGAUCUUGACAGGAGGAGGGAACAAGAUGAUCGCUUUCUGUGUUUUUAAAGCUUUUGGUGAAACACUACAUACACAAAGAGAAGGAACAAGGUUCGACUAAAAACUCUGCUGCCACAUAGUGCCAGUAGAUGUGGGAAAUGUCACAAAUCUGUGGUACUUUUGGCCUUGUCCUCUGUCUUCUCUGAGGACGUCUCUGUGAAGCCAGCAUCUAGGUGUGAGAUAAAAGGAAAGCAGUGUGUCUGUACAAUCCGCAGUGCGCUCCCCAAGCCUUUCCUACUGUACAGAUCUCUCACGUCUGCUUUGACCUCUCCAUUAUCUUCUUAUAUUUCUAUAUGUAUAGUGUAAUAGACUUUUGUUAACUAAUGUUCUUUUUCCCUUUUAGUAAGCACGAUCAUGUUCCUUUUUAAGCCUUACCUGAGAAAAGCAAUGCCAUAAGAUAGAAAGCAUUAAUGAAAUGAAACUGUGCACAACAUAACGUUCCUCUCCUCCUCCUCCUCCUCCUCCUCCUUCCCCUCUUCUCCUCUUCCUCCUCCUGUCCUUUGUCCCUUGGUGCCAGUGCUCUGAGAAGACAUGCAGGUGCUGCAUGUGAGUUGCAGGAAACACUGCAGGCAUGUCAGACGGUCAUGCUGUACACUGACUUCAGCAGUGGGUGACCAAACAUGUCGUUUUGUCUUCUCCAGCAGCUUAAAGCAAAAAGUAUUUAAACCCAUCUUUCCCCAUCUGUGUGGUAUCCCAUAGAAUUCCAUGGGAGGUUCUUGUUGGGAAAGUGCAGUUUGAGAAGCAGCCACAGCAGCCGCUCCCACAGCCUCUUCUUCCCGGGAAGAAGUGUAGCUGCCGUACUGUUGGGACAGUCAUGUGUAUUUAUAAAACAUAGUCAUCUUUAGGACAACUGAAGAAAAGCUGGAAAAAAGAAAGAAAACAAGCAGACUUGAACACUGAAGCAACCUCAGACAUCUCUUUAUUUUGAUGAUAUAUUUUUGUAAGGAAAAUAAAUAUUCAUAUGAUCAGGAAUGUAUAUAACUAAAUGAAAUCAAGAAAAAAUAACAGUAUGCAUUUUAAAAGAAUUAUGAAAUUAUCAGUGCUUGGAAUGGGGCUAAGGGAAGUGCUGAAAUAUAGCAAAAAAAAAGGAAAUAAUGUAUUGUCCCACUGUAAAUGUUCACAAGUGGCUAUGUUUUAAAUAAACAGGAUUAUUACAGAUGAGUGUUAAAAAGGUCAGAGCCUUCCUUUCAGGCUUUGCACCGUGAGAUGGAAAGAGAUCCGGCAGCCAUAGGUCACUAGUCAACGGACCCCAAACUCGUACAUUUGAUGCAUUGUGUUUUAAAAGUAGGCCUUGUUUUUCAGCUUCCUCUGCAGUUCUAUGUGAAGAUUGGUAAAUCAGUUUUUACUUGUUUUAUUAAUAAAACGUAAUUUGGAUAUCUUGAGUUGAUGGUUUUGUGAUUUAGCUGGGUAAACUAUCUUUGUAACAGAUAAGUUAUUUAUAAAAAUUAAAAAAAACUUAUAUUCUAAAGUG